GGACAAACGGCUGCACUCGGUGGCUCCCUACCAUGCAGCCGCUGCUCUGCGCGCUGGCCGGGCUCGCCCUGCUCCGUGCCGGGGCGGGCGAAUGGAGCCAGGGUCCCAGGGACAUCCCCGGACGACGAGGUAGGAAUGAGAGAGGAACUGGAGACAGACACCGGGAAAAGCAGAGGGAGGGAACGGAGAUGGUGAAAGAAACAGAGAUCGAAGGACAGAAAAGGGAGGAGAUCAAGGAAAAAGAUGAGUAAGAGAGGAGAGUCUGGGAACGAAAGAGGCUUUGGAAAUGUAUGUGGGUGAGGAGAGCAAGAGACGGGAGUUUGAGAAAAACACAAACAAGAAGGAAAGAAAUAGGAAUGGCAGGAACAAACGUGGAAAGAAAGAUUUGGGGAAAGGAAUGUGGCAACCGGAUGUCAAGAGAGUUGGAGAAGACUAGCCGGCAUGGGCGGAGGUCCAGCUGCAGGGUGUGGCCGCCCUCGGGCCAGAGCAUCCAGGGGAAAGUUCCGAAGAGCAUCCUGUUGGAAGGGGAGUCUGAAAGGGUCAAUGGCCCAGGCAGGGCCAGUACCAUCACUGGGGAGACGGAUAGAAAAAAAAAAAGCUGCUGAGUCCCCCAGUGGCCCUGGAGAAGAUCUAGCUUGGAGCCCAGGCUGUGACAGACACAUGGCUGUCCAAGGCCGGUUGAACAUUGUGGAAGAGACGGUGGAGAAGACCGUGGAGCACCUGGAGGCAGAAGUGACAGGUCUGCUGGGCCUGCUGGAGGAACUGGCUUCAAACCUACCCCCAGGACCCUUCAGCCCCAAACCUGACCUGCUUGGAGAUGACGGCUUCUGACUACCAGGCAUGGUGGAGCCUAUCAGCUGAAGUCAUCACUCUGAGAACCAAGCUAGGUUUUCCUGCCUUCCUGCCCCACCAUGGUGUGAAAUAAAAGCUACUAUCUGGGA